UAGUGAAGUAGUACUUUGCAAUCAACCCCUCCAUUUGCCGAAAUCGACCUGGUCUAAAGCCAUUGUAUACUCUAUUUGUGCUCCUUUCCUCUGACUUUUCUUCUUAAUAAAUCCCGAUUUUUCCAUUUAUCCUUACUCUCAUCCUCUAUCAAAGAAUUGGAAGCUCAAGUGGUAAGUUGCCACUUCCAGAGCAAGGACAAGAUGUUCUCCCACUUACGUCUUAUCCCUAGAAACUCUGUGAGGUCAUUCCAUAAUUCCAAUCGAUUCAAGAUGCCUCUCAAUUUCAAUUCUGUCUACCCGGAAACGGACCCGGAAUUUCAGUCUUUUCCCAGUAGAAGUGUGGUACAUAGUACUGAGGGAAUGAUCGCUUGUACUCAACCACUAGCUGCAAAAUGUGGUCUUAGGGUCUUGGACGCUGGUGGUAAUGCGGCUGUGAGUUUUCUCAUAAUACACCCCGCAUUGUAAAGGGGUUACUAAAUAGUUUCAGGAUGCAGCUGUUGCUGUUGGUAUGUUAUAGCACAAUAUCAGUUGGAUAUGUAAUAACGGUCUUUAGCUGCUGGGUUGAACUUGACAGAACCCACGUCAACUGGAAUUGGUGGUGAUAUGUUCUGUCUCUAUUACAAUGCCAAAACAAAGAAAAUUGAGGCUAUGAAUGGAUCGGGCCGUUCUGGAAUGAAGUGUACACUUGAAGCAAUACGAAAAGAUCUUGGCUUCAAAGACGGAGAAGACGGAAAGCUUUCAUUGAGAAGUGUUCAUGCUGUUACUGUACCUGGAGCCGCUGCGGGUUGGGUUGAUACAGUUGAAAGAUUUGGAAGUGGAAAAGUUUCCAUGGAACAGAUAUUAACACCAGCAAUUGAGUUGGCAGAAAGGGGAUUUCCCGUGUCCGAGUUGUCUUCUACUAUGGUAAGCCAUCCUAGAUUUGCCCUGUUUUUCAAUGAACUAAAACAUCAAAGUGGAGAACGGGAGAGAAAGAAUUGAAAGAGGCAUCGCCAAACUUUUCUGAGCUGUUGAAAGAAGAUCCGGUUUCGAAAGGACUCCGAGGUCCUAGGCCCGGGGAAAUUUUCAAGAAUCCCAAUCUCGCAAAGAUUUUCCGAGCACUUGCAAAAGAUGGGAAGAAAGGUUUUUAUACUGGCAGAAUAGCCGAGGCUAUUAUCAAAGUUACCAGAGACCGAGGAGGUUUCCUUAAGCUAGAUGAUUUAACACAUCAUUUAGAGGUUGGUACUGAGCCUGUUGAUCCCAUCUCAUAUGUGUUCAAAGGCCAGGGUUACGCAGAGACAAAAUCUACAUACGUCGACGGAAUUUCCGGCCAAGGAGAAAAUGAAGACGACCACGGUGUUGAAGUAUGGGAACAUCCACCAAAUGGGCAAGGGAUCGUAGCUCUUAUGGCUCUUGGUAUCAUCGAAUCCCUCGAAGAAAGCGGGAAAAUCCCCAAAUUCAAGAAGGAAGAACAUAACUCCACCCAAUACCUCCACGCCCUAAUCGAAUCUCUCCGCAUCGCCUUCGCAGACGCCAGUUGGUGGGUCACAGACCCAGCAAAAUUCAAGGUCCCAACCAAAGAACUCAUCUCUAAAGCCUACCUCGCCGAGCGAGCAAAGCUGUUCGAUCCAACAAGAGCCUCUGAAAAGGUCUACGAUCACGGGAGUCCAGCCCAUAAUCACAGCGACACAGUUUAUUUCGCAGUCACCGAUAAAGAAGGGAACGGCAUCUCAUUCAUCAACUCCAACUUCCACGGGUUCGGCUCUGGUAUCAUACCCGAAGGAUGUGGCUUCGUUCUCCAAAAUCGAGGAGGAAACUUCCAACUCACCCCCGGACAUCCAAAUGCCAUUGCCCCAGGAAAGAGACCAUAUCAUACCAUCAUCCCCGCCAUGACAACCAAUAAGCACGACGGAAGUCUUCACUCCGUCUACGGCGUCAUGGGAGGCUUCAUGCAACCACAAGGUCACCUCCAAGUCCUCCUCAACAUGCUGGCCUUCAAACAUAAUCCCCAAGCUGCACUCGACGCACCGAGGUUCUGUAUUGGUGCUGAGUAUAUGCCUGGGGAUGGAUAUGGGCGGAAGGUAUUCUUGGAGGAGGGGAUCAGUGAGCAGGUUUGUGAGGAGUUGAAGAGGAUGGGGCAUCAGGCUAGUAUUGUUACCGGGUAUGCGAGGGGGGUUUUCGGGAGAGGUCAGGUUAUUAGAUGUCAUGUUGAGGAAGGGACUUUGGUUUAUUCUGCGGGCAGUGAUCCGAGGGGUGAUGGAGCGGCUUACCCUGGAUAAGUGAUUUUGUGUUUUUGAUCAUGGCUGUCCGGGUAGUGUAUUAGGAGUGGUCGUUACAGUUCUCUGAAUACACCUAUGUCAAGACAACGUUAAUGUAAUAGCGUCGCGUAACCGAAUCAGUA